GAGGCUUCCGUACGGGCAUCGCCAUCUUCGAGCGCCCUCUUUCAAAAUGGCAGUUCGAAGGAAGUUGGCAGUGAGGACGGACGUGAAGUUCUAACUUAAGGACUNNGGCGCAACUUCCGGUCUGCCUACAAGAUGGCUGCGGCCAGUGGUGGCUUUCAACCUCGUGAGCGGCGAUUUUCAGUGCAGGAGCAGGACUGGGACAGUGCGCCGCCUAAGAAGCCCCGGCUUGGGGCAGGAAGCAAGUGCGGAGGCCGGAGGCUCAUUGUGGUGCUGGAAGGGGCCAGUCUGGAGACAGUCAAGGUAGGGAAAACUUACGAGCUACUCAACUGUGACAGGCACAAGUCCAUGUUGUUGAAGAAUGGACGGGACCCAGGGGAAGUCAGACCAGACAUCACCCACCAGAGCCUGCUGAUGCUCAUGGACAGCCCCCUGAACCGAGCUGGCUUGCUACAGGUUUACAUCCACACACAGAAGAACGUGCUGAUUGAAGUGAACCCCCAGACUCGAAUUCCUAGGACCUUUGACCGAUUUUGUGGCCUCAUGGUUCAGCUUUUACANAAACUGAGCGUCCGAGCAGCCGACGGCCCUCAGAAGCUAUUGAAGGUAAUUAAGAAUCCAGUGUCCGACCACUUCCCAGUUGGCUGUAUGAAAAUUGGCACUUCCUUUUCUGUUGAAGACAUCAGUGACAUUCGAGAGUUGGUGCCCAGUAGUGACCCAGUUGUGUUUGUGGUGGGGGCCUUUGCCCAUGGCAAGGUCAGUGUGGAGUACACAGAAAAGAUGGUGUCCAUCAGCAACUAUCCACUCUCUGCUGCGCUUACCUGUGCUAAAGUCACCACAGCUUUUGAAGAAGUAUGGGGUGUCAUUUGAGACCAGCAGUGCCUGGUUCUCAGACAGGACUCUGAGGCAGUUUGUCUUUUGGCUCCUAAGAUCUGCUGGAAGAUAAUCUUCUGUACCAAGACUGCAGAGUGGGGAGGCAACACUGCAUAGUUGUUUUUUGUUUUUCCUAUAAAGAGUUUUAUUUUGUUUUUUUUUUUCA